UAAGUGCUGAUUAUUCUACAGAUGUUAUUAUUGGUUCUCAUACGAUCUCUAGUGCACCAUCCCCUCCAUCAGGAUCAAAACAAAUAAUCGCUUGAAGAUAAUAUCAAUAUUCAGUACAAUGUCAUCCACGUGUCAAUAAGUACAACGGUUCCAUUCUAUUCGUUCAACGUUUUAUUAAUUUAAAAAUUGCAAUUUUUCAUUAUACGUGUCGAUUUAUCUAUCCAAUAAUUGUGCAGGUAAAAUGAUUAUACACUCAACAUGUUGAUCCAUGCUGAUCCUUCAACAUCUUUGAUCCAUGGCUUCACCGUCUGCGAAAGAAAUCGCAAUGGCUAAACGCAAGGCAUCCAAACGAUCUAGAAGCAAACAAUCUUUGCAUCAUUCGCAAGAGAUGCUGUUGCAGAAUUCAGAUUCAACAGAUUCAAUCGUCAGCAUAGGAAAUGACACUCCCUUGAAGAAAAGAAGAGGAUCGAAUGAACAGUUAUUACAGCAACGUUCUCCAGAAUCUGUAUUGUUCGAAUCACCACAGUUAGAAUUGUCCUGCUACGAUGAUCUCAGUCCAGAAAUUGUGACCAGACUUCGACAGAUGAAGCUGGAUCCGAAUGAGUCGGAUAAGAAUGAUGAUAAACAAGAUGAAAUACAAGAGGAGACUAAAUCGAUGGAAUUAAUGCAUUCGAACCAUUCAUCGAAACAGAAAAUCGAUGAAUCUCUUGAAAAAUGUUUCUCAAUGGAUAAGACUCUAUCGAUGAACGACGAGAUCAAGGUGGAGAUGAACGAGUGCGAUACAGUGCAAGAAAAUAAAUUGUCGAAAGAGAUUUAUACUUAUGACACUGAUCUUCGUUCCUCAAAAUCAGCCUACGAAUUACCUUGUGGUUACGUCUCGGAACCAGCACCGUUUGGUACUUUUAAUUCAGAAUUGGAGACUCAGAGUCAAGAGUAUCAUUGUUUUUUGGAUGAUUUUAGAUCCACAACCUCUUCCUGCGAGGCUACGGGUCAAUUUGAAGAUGAAAACAAGAGUGAAAAAUGUUAUGAGACGUGGAAUGAACAGAACAGUCAGAGCACUGAUAAAUUUAUGAUAGUUAAUGAGAAGGUUCGAGAGGAUUCAGGUGGAAGCUUGAUCACUAACUGGAGCGAGUGCAAAAGAAUCCUCUCAAACCUGCGGCGAUUGAACAGUGUUAAAGUACGAACUGGUGCUCAAGAAUGCAUAGCGAAUUUCUUGCCAAAGCCUAAGAGAUGCGACGAAUCACGAUCGAUGCAAACAUCCUCUUUGUCUUAUCACACUCCGUCGUCAGUGACGUCGAGUGAAAAUUCUAAUGAAUUCAUUAAUAAACGUCAUUUAAAGGGAAAUGACAACGCCAAUGACAAAGUCGACGAUCGACGGAAAUACGAGGAGAUAAAGAGUACUGUGUCAAAAAUUAGAGCACGUUCGACCACACCCUGCAGUGGUUCACCACCUCCAGCUAAAAGGUGUCGAACCACAUUGAAAUUUGAUGACGAAGAGGGAAUGGAACAGUCCCAGAAAGACGCUGCAACCGUCAAGGUAACUGAUCUAUUACCAGUGGAGAAAAACACAGAAGAGGAACAGAGUUCCUUGUGUCCUAUCCCGAAGACAUCUUGGCGUGGUAGCACUCCAGAUUCACCGACUGCCUCUACGCUUGCUUUGCCUGCUGUCUCGGAUUCUGGGUGUAGUACACGUCUUCAAGAAUGCGAAAGAGGAACUGAAUGUCCCAAAAAGUGUACAUGCCUCAGCUCCAAACAAAACCGUAAAUUACCACGACUUCAAUUUACCAAGAAACCCAUUGCAAAAAUUGUAUUAUUCUGGAUUUGGUUGAUAAAGAAAAUAACAAGCGCUUUAAAAAGAGGUUGCAGCAGCUUGGGACAGAUUGUGUCAUUUUCUUCAACGAGGCGUCAAAUGGAAGAACUCAGUCAGGUGGUAAUAAUGUUACGCUCGGAGAACGAGCAAAUGAUUAACAUGUUCCUGGAGAAAGUCACUCACUUGUCCGAGCAAAUUGCUCAGAUACGUGCAAGUAGCGUAACAGCUAUCGGUGCCUUGACUAACGAGGUCAAUGGCAUUCAGGAUAUUAGCAAGAAGCUCGACGGAAGUAACGAGACAUUGAUGCUGGAAUUGAAAAAGUUGCAGGACACCUUAGAGAAUGUCCGAGCAAAAUCUCCGCAAGUUCCACCCCCGCCACCACCGCCAAUGCCACCAAUCUUGACACCAUCAUCAUCAUCAUCGAUGAUUGCACCUCCGCUUCCACCGCCUCCACCACCUCCACCGCCGCCGCCACCACCGCCACCACCACCUCCUCCUCCUCCUCCUCCUCCUCCUCCUCCUUCAUUUUUUCAAUCCCCAGCACAAUCAAGUACACCAACCACCCCGAGUAGUGGUAGAAAUGUUAGGACGCCUUCUAGAAAGUGUUCGACACCGUUGUUUAACAGACCAGCUAUAACAGUCGAGGAUUUACUGAAGGUGACCCUUAAAAAAGCUCCUCAAAACACUAAGGAAAAUAGACGUAACACUAUACCAGGACCAAGAGGACCCGUGGUUUCUUUGGACAUGUUACGUAGCGUUAAAUUAAAAUCUGCCAGGCGCAGAUCAAACGAGCGAAUUAUAAGAUCUCCAAGAAGUGCUCGUAUGAUAAAAACUCGAACAUCGAGUCUCAGCUUGUCACCGAUCGCGACAGGUGCAGAUAAUUUAGGACGAAUCCUGAAACAGGUGGAUCUUCACAGACGCGGCCCUAGGCGUCUAUUAUCUACCACAUCGAGUUUUAAUAAUAUCACGAAAGAUAAUCACUCGCUAAGCGCGACCGCGGAAGAUAACGGUUCGUAAAUUAUAAUUGCGUAAACAUAUUUCACCGAUGAUGGAUGAUUUUAAAAUAAAUAAUUUUAAUUGAUUGACCGGAGCGUGUAAUUUCAACGAAAUAAAUUAUCAUUUUUUGCAAACUGA